AAAAAGCUCUCUUUUAUAGCUUUGAAAAGCAUGUCCGUCUCCUUCUGCUGCUGCUGCUGUCCCCGUUUCCCAGUUGCUUCAAGAGAGAGGGAACCUCUCAAUGCACAGCACUCCAGACAAUCUCAUCAGGACACCAAAAGUGUUCUUUUCAACAAAGAGAAACCCUUUGCCGUGAAACGGGUCAAUGUGCCUGAGAUUGACACACUGUUUACUGACAUCGCUGAGGCUUUCUACAAGCAGCAAUGCCACUGCAUGGCUAUCCGGAAAAUCAUCCAGGACCUCAAAGACACCUAUUGCUGUUCACCCGCAAGCAGUCUUUCUGUAUGCAUAGAGAAGAUACAGCAAGAGCAUAGUGCUUGCAAUGUGCAGGUGCAUAUGGAGGGAUACAGGUUCUGGCUGGAAGCAAAGGAGAAAAGGGUCCCUAAGAAACUGGAGUGGGCUCAGCAGCAGGUGGGGGAGCUGAACCGUGCCACCAAAGGAGUCAUCAGCAUGGAAACCAAGCUCCAGGAAAUGAUCUCCUCGGUGCUUCAGAACCAGGAGCCAUUGGUGGAGAGAGUGAAAGUUGCAAACUCCGAAUACCUAGACCGGAUACGGCUAGAAGGAAACCUGAGAGAAAAUAUUGAGAAAACAAUCCAGGCCAAACAGUUUUCGAAGGAGUUCAGAGAAGAAGUCAAUAGUGUGCUUAGGGAAAUGUCCAAAUCAGCAGGGCUGACCUUGUAAAAAGAGUCGAGAAGGAACCUGUUCUAUUCUGCCUUUUCCACCACAAAGAUGAAUUCAGGCGAUUGCAACAGAUACUUAAGAUGAAAAAAAAAUGCACAGAAAUUAAAAGUGAUCACAAGGUUUCUAUGAGAGGGAGUUGAUGUAACCAUGCGUCAGAAAAUAACCAGAGAUGUGCCAUAGAGUUGUUCUCCAGAACCUCCCAAUAAAUUAGUGGCAAGAAUGAAGAAGCACAUCAAUUCUGGUUAGGUGUCUCUUUCCACAUAUUUGUAUCAUAAUUGAUAUGGAAAUAUUUAGUCAUAGAGCAGUAAUCCAUGCAGUCUUUAGAGUCAACCCUGCAAAUUAAGAUCAGUGCAUAGCUAGAGUAAGGAAGCUGGAAUGACUUUUUCUUUUUCUUUCAAAAUGUAUAUUUUGUCAAUGUCUUCUUAUUUACUCUGAAUUGCAAAUAAAUGCUUUUUCUUGGUUUAUCUGCUC